GAAUUUAUUAAAAAAGCCUCAAAUUCUCAUAAAAAACGUUUGCAAAAAUUUCAAAGCAAAUUAGUGAGUCAAAAAAAUCAAUUUUACUGCCUAAUUUUCGUGUGGUCUUUUAAUUUAUAACAUAAAACAAACUUCUGGCUGUUGAGGGAAAGAAUGAAAAAAAAAAACUUAAAAAAAAGUAACCCUUCCCUUUAUUUUUAAUAAAAUUGUUUGUAACAACAAUUUCAAGUAAGUGUAAGAUCCUGGCAUUCCGUCACCAACAUUAUUUUUCAUUGAAUUCACUUGAUAUAAAAGACGAUUUAUGUUAUAGGUGUUAGGAUAGGUAUAGGACAAAAACAAGUGAAAAACAUUUCGUUACUAAGAAACAAUUGUAUCCUUACACACUUUAUGUUUAUCAACCCCCCAGUUUAUUAGCUUGUAAAUUUUAUUUGCUAAAAGGUGCGUAGUUAUUUAUUCCAAAAAAAUGUCCUCACAUAUGGGGACGAAUUUUUUACAUUCCUGCAUUAAGGUACCAAUUGAUCCGUGUAAUAAUUGUCCAGCUCCCGGUUAUAAUCGUCCAAAGGUUUUUCUUAGUCAAAGUUCAACACCAUCAAAUAAAUUUGUGACUACGAAAAAAAUAUCAGAUUGUUAUUUGGACUUAGAUACUCUUAAUGCUGCUAAUGGAAUGCGUUCGUUAGCGACCUUCUAUGAUAGUAUACCAGAUUAUUGUGAGAUAAAUCAUUUGCCAGAAAACGAAUUCUAUUCAACAUUGGAAACUAUAAAAACGACUUAUCGUCAAUUUAAAUCCAAGCCAAGUGUACCUGUUUGCUUGCGAAACGAAAGUAGUGUUUCAUUAAAUUAUGAAAUCCCAAAAUCUGCUAAAAUAAAAAGUGCGUCUUCUAAAUGCAUUAAAAAGAAAACAACAUCGAGGAAAAAUUCGGCCAAAAAAGAUAACAGGAACCUAUCUAACAGCCAGUGCAAGUCUUCAUAUAAGGAUUUGUGCGAAAGGAUGAAUAUUUUUGAAUACAAACGAUGUGACAUUGAUGAUGAUAAACUUUCUAAAGUCUGUGUUACUCCAAUCAAAAGCAAUUCUCCUGUUUUAUACAAAUCUUUAUCAAUGCAUCAAUUGGUAAAAGACGAUAUUCAACCUGGAAUACUCGAUUCGGUUAAAACAACCCGAACAAAUGAAGACACUUCAGUGAAACGGAGGCCCUCGACUCCCGGAAUUAGAGAAUUUUUAAAGAAAUCGUUUUCAUUCAAUGAUAUUAAUACAAAACGUUGGCAAGAACGAUCAAAAACAGAGGGAGAUAUUAUUUUAAGCCGGUCUCCAGAAUCAAAUGGGGAUGUUGUGCCAAAAAUUAAUUUACAGCCUCCUAGUCCUACAAAAUUAAAUGAUGCUCAUAAAGUGGAAUCAUCAAAACAAAGUACACCAAGUACUAGAAAAAAUAAAUCCGGAAAACCCAAGACUGGUUCCCCAAAAGUUCCUUUCUCAUUUCUUGGAAUAAAUGAGUGUACAACGAGUGGAAAGGCAUCUUCAGUUUCUCCCAUCCAUCCCGUAGCAAGACCUAAUUUAGCAGCAACGCUUAGACUCGAAGUUUCAAAGAAAAAAGUCAAAGAACUGCAAAACAAUUGUACGUAUAAUGACCAUAGAUCUCAAAUAGACUGGGAAGUAAGAAAAACUCCGGCAUGGAAGUCUCUUAGUCAUAAUGAAUCACAUAAAGAAAUUUUAGCCAUGCGCUUGGCCACACGAAAAGCUGAACAAGAGCUUCAAAAACGUGAAUACGAAAUACAGAUGGAAAUAAUGCGUCAACGAGUAAAAUCAGCUCCGUUGCUUCUUGAAGGUCCAACAUUUUGGGGACCUCAUGUUGGUAAGCUUUCACACUCUUGCCACAAGGAUAGUUUAAAACAUACUUGUCAACAAGCAACAAAUGGAAAUAAAAAGAAGAAAACCAAUAAGAUACAUUCAAGAAAAUGUCAUUCAAAUAUAUCAUAUUCAAGAAACUCAAAUCACAGCACAAAUUUGCAAGAUAGUGAUGAAUUAUCGAGUUUAGAUAGAGCUUAUUUGUAGUUGUAAUAUGAAAUUAAAGUAUUUUAAUAAAAAGAAGAAAAUAAGUACAUAUUUGAAUAAUAAUGUACCUGAUAAGCCGAGAUUGCCUCAAAGGAUAAUUUUCUUCCGACAAAAAUAAAGAUUUUAAAAA